AUGGAGGCCGGGAACAGCCGGCUGUGCGCAGGCGCGCGGCGAGCGGGGUGGGAGCGCAAGGGGCGGGGCUGCAGCCGCCUGGGCUGUUCCGACGAUCGCGCGCCGCCCCCGCCGCGCCCCGCGCCCGCCCUUGCUAGCAGGCGCCUCUCGCCCCCUGCAUUGCUGAUGCUGCUGCUGGCAGACAUGGACGUGGUGAAUCAGUUAGGGGGUGGGGGCGGGGAACCUCUCCAUCUGCUGCUGCCUCUGCUGGGCCCCCAAUCUGUCCAGAGGAGGGCACCCCCCUCCCACGUGCACACAGGCUCACUGUGGCCAUCGCCAUCCCUGCUACCCAAGGUCUUUGCCAUCUUCGCCUUUGCCACAUGCGGCAGCUACAGUGGGGAGCUCCGGCUGAGCGUGGAGUGUGCCAACAAGACGGAGAGUGACCUCAGCAUCGAGGUUGAAUUUGAGUACCCCUUCAGGUUGCACACAGUGUACUUCGAUGCACCCACCUGCCGAGGAGGCACCACCAAGAUCUUCCUCGUGGGAGACUACUCAUCAUCAGCUGAAUUCUUUGUCACCGUGGCCGUGUUUGCCUUCCUCUAUUCCAUGGGGGCUCUGGCCACCUACAUCUUCCUGCAGAACAAGUACCGAGAGAACAACAAAGGGCCCAUGCUGGACUUUCUGGCCACGGCAGUGUUCGCCUUCAUGUGGUUAGUGAGUUCAUCGGCGUGGGCCAAGGGUCUGUCAGACGUGAAGAUGGCCACGGACCCAGAGAACAUCAUCAAGGAGAUGUCCAUGUGCCGCCAGACAGGGAACACGUGCAAGGAGCUGAGAGACCCUGUGACCUCGGGGCUCAACACCUCGGUGGUAAGCCCUGGGAAGCUGGCUGGACUGCCUGGAGGAGGGAAGCUGGGAAAAUCGCAGCCUGGCAGGGGGAGUGGGAAAGAGAGAGAAAGAGAGAAAAAGAGAGAGGAAGAGAGAGAGAGAGAGAGAGAGAGAGAGAGAGAGAGAAUAUGAAAGGAGAAUCGGGAG